AUGGACCGCCAUACGCCGCCAUCCCCGGCGCCAACCAGGGGAGACCCGCUCCCAUCAGGGUUCCACGAGCUGCUGCAACACAACGCAUCGGCGGCAUACCCCCACAAAGCCGUUCCCGCCGACCCCAUCCAAGCCCACUCGCAGCCAAGUUCGAGUUCCUAUGGGCCAAUUCCGGAGCCGUACAACACUCCAGCAACUUCACCUCCAACGCCAUCGCGGGGGUCGGACAUCAUGAGCACUCGGGGCAGCUCAAGGGUCUUGGGCCCCCGAAGCACACGCAUCGAGAAGUCGACCAUGAAGAAGAAGAAGGAACGGGCCAAGCCACCGAAGAACUUGCCAGUGCUAGACAGACCCAUGAGCGAGCUGACCAAGGCUUCGUUGAUACCGGUUGCCGACAUCGAGUCGUAUGUGCAGCGAUCAUCCGACGUACGGCGGGAGGAGAUCGAGAUAGGCAAGAACCCUGGCAGGGUCAAGAGGCCGAUGAAUGCCUUCAUGCUGUACCGGAAGGCGUACCAACAACGGGCCAAGGAGUGGGCUUCCCAGCAUAACCACCAGAUCGUGUCCCGGGUGUGCGGUAUGAGCUGGCCCCUGGAACCGGAGCAUGUCCGGCAGCAGUUCAAGUCGUGGGCGGACACCGAGCGCGACAACCACCAAAAGGCCCAUCCCAAUUACAAGUUCACCCCGGCGAAGCCGCACAAACCUCCGCCCAAGUAUGAGGGGGGCUAUGACGAGCGCAGCGACGGGUCGGACUUGGAGGACUAUAACUGGUCCGGCAGGUCUGGUUCUCGGAUGCGGUCAGCGACACACACACCCGGCGCCGACAGCGACUACAUCCCGAGCCGCUCCGUGUACGCGGCAACCCAUCCGCACCCGAGCCAGUACGCGGGAAUGCACACCAUGGGCAUGCCGCAGCAAACCAGGUCGACCGCCCUGGACUUCAGUCCGGGAAAGCCAUUGCCAGGCCCAUACGACCACCGCGACUUUCAGGGGCAGUACUAUGAACCGCAGCGGAACCAGCACCAGAGACACUUGCACCAUGGUGUCGACGACGUCUUUGUUCACAGGACACCGUCGCCGAGCCUGGCCUUCCAGCAGACGCACGCCGGGCAGCAGUCGCACUACGACCUCAACCCAUACCACCAGAAGGUCGAACAUCAGCCCAUCCAUCAAUCGCAGCCCCAUCAGCACCAGCAGCACCCGCAUCAUGCUCCUCAGUUCGAACAUCGGAUAGACCCAUCACUGAUUCAGCAAGACGACGCCCUGUUCGAUAACGGCGGCUUCAACACCCUCCCGACUAUGUUUGAUGGCGGCCUUGGUAUGACACAGCAGGCCUGGCACACGGCGCAGUCGACGGCAGGUGCCGAGACUGAAAGCCAGUUCUCGAACGCCUUCAUGGGUCUCGAAGAGCCCCUAUCUCUCGAGCAGCAGACCCAAUAUCUGGGAGGCGAGUGGCAGGUUGAGCCUCUUCCGGAAACCGCGCACUUCGACACGAGCUGGGUGGAACCGAAGACGGAGCCUUGA